CUUCAUUACCAAAAUGGAGGACUACUCAUCGAAGCAGUCAGUAGAAAAUCUUGACAAUCCUCCAAACAGUCGCUUGUUUCUCGUAACAAGUCGAUCAGUUUCAGAUGAUGUUAUUCGAGAGAAAUUUUCUGUCUUUGGAGAGAUCCAAGGUGUAUGGGUCGUUAAGGACAAACAGACGAAAGAAUCGAAGGGGAUCUCCUAUGUUAAAUUUGCGAAGUCUUCGGAAGCAUGCACCGCCAUGGAGGACAUGCAUGGAAAAUGCCUGUUAGACGGAACGAAGCCCAUUAAGGUUUGCAUGCACAUAAAUCUAAACUUAAUAUGUGCCAUCAUCCUCUAAGUCUCUAACAUAUACUAUUUAUUUCCUUGGGUAAUUUUUUUAUUGAUUCCAUGCUGGGCCCGGUUUCCCGAUAUCGAUGGAAUUUAGGUUUACGCAAGUUUUAACGAUGCACUUUUCCUACAAUGGCCCGAAACACCAAGCAGAGAAAAUGGUCGCUACAGUGCGUCGUCGGAGAAGGUCAAUAUUUAUAGGAUGGAAAUAUAGGGAGCUCUGUUCUAGGAUCAGCUUUCUCCAUUCAAAUCUUUCCUUGAAGGUGCAUUAUUUAGAAAUCGCUCCGCCAUUUCUUGAUUGCUUCUAAUAGUUAAACUGAAAUUAGUCUAUCUGACAAAGCAAACAAUGUAUAGUGUAGAGAAUCAUUGUACCAAUUAAACCGCUGUGAUAUAUUUUCAUUAACCAGGGCCGGAUGCAAUUCCACAAUAUUUACAUGAUAGACAUUAGCUGAAUCAUUUUUAAUACCACAAAUGACCGAAAUGAGUGGCUAAUCUGACACUGACAAACAGAUCAAUCUGGUCUUGAAUUCAAACAAACAAUAGCUCUGGCAAAUGACAUGACAUACAGAUUGUACAAUAGUAGGAAGAUGUGUGUGUGUGUGUAUGAUAGGCUACUAAAUAACAUUUCCAGUGGCACACUGACUCACCUAAUGUCGAAGCCAUAAGCUACUACUCACAGUGUUGGCUGAUGCGCUCGUCUUGGCAAAAGCAUAUCUCAAGAUGAGCUACUUUGAAAAACAAUGCUGUUGUUCGCAAAACAUUUGGAGUUGUUGAGAAAAAAAUUAUCGAUUGGUUCGACAGAUUAGUCUUCUCAUUUCAGCAGUAGGUAUUUGCUUUCCAAAGUAUGUUUUUCCCUCGAUAGUAUUUUGAGAUUUGCAAAAGGACAGAGAAAUAUAAUCCAUAGAUGUCAGUUCCCAUUUAAAUCAGGACUGGCAGCCGGUUUAAUGCAGGGGCUUUAAUAGUCAAAUAGCCAGGGUAAGAGGUUCCAAACCCCUUCUAUGGAUUAUUUCUAUGGCCACAACGCUACAAGCUGUAUAUUUGGCGUGCAUGCUGGCCAAAUUGCGGGCUUCCCGACUGUGGCAACCAGUAACUGCCUAAAUAAAUAAAACGCUUAGUAAAUUGGGGAUACAAAUAAUGUUAUGGUGAGGGGUGCAUUUCCCUGGCAUGGUUUAGGUCCACUUGUAGAAUCUAUCUAUGCCAAGGCGCAUUGAAGCUAUUCUGGCAGUUCAUGGUGUCCAAACACUCUUUUAAGACACUAUGUUGGUGUUUCCCUUAUUUUGGCAGUUACCUGUAUGUGCUUGUGAUAAAAUGUAAUCCACAGUUAUGUUUUUUAGUCUGUGGCUACAUUAUGCUCUCUGGUCUAAUUUGAACAUUGACAGUGGGCUCCUGUGGUUGGAUAAAAAAAAAGUAAUAAAAAAAGUGUGGCCCUAGACUCACACAAUUGACCAGUCACAUUUAUUUGUUAUUUUAUUAAUCAGGUACCCAAUCAACGCAGGGCCCCCCAGUUACCCACGUGUGCCCCCUACCACCUCUCCUCCACCAUCUGACGAGAGGCAGCAGGCAGGAGCAGGAUGUCUACACUCAUUGAGAGCGGGCUCCUGAAUCCUGUGGUUGGCGGUUGCAGUAAAAAAGUAUAUACAUUGCUAUGAAAAAGUAUUUGCCCCCUUUCUAAUUUUCUCCACUUUUGCAUAUUUGUGAUACAGAAUGUUAUCAGAUCUUCAACCAAACCUACUAUUAGAUAAAGGGAACAUAAGUGAACAAGUAACACAAAAAUUAUAUAUUUAUUUCAUCAACAAAGUUAUGCAGCACAGGCCGAAGAUGUAACAUGCAUUUCCCCAAACACCAUGCAGAGAGAACGGUCACUAAGUGUGUCGUUGGACCAUGUUUCGCUACUGAUCGGAUCGAAAGGGAGCGCUGUUCUCGAACAGCUUUCUCCAUUCAAAUCUUACCAUUAAAAUUAUUUGACAAUACUGACGACACUAUCAGCUCCUAGUGAGAUAUUACCACCUGCGGCUGCACAUAUUGAGGCGGCUUAUUCUAAUAAUUACCCAAUACAAAUGCACUAAAUCGCAGAUUUGGCACAUUGUGCGCAUGUUAGGCUACACAUCAUGAAAAAUAUUGAGACAAAUUAGACAGGCCUAUAGCGACACUUGAGGCAUUCUAAUUGUCUACAGACAUGUCGUUAGAGCAAGUAUAAGUAGAGCAAGUAGCAAAGUAGAACUCAAUUGAUUGAACAUAAAAUGUAUUUCAAUAUGUAUGAAUAAAUAGGCCUAUAGCCUACUGUUUAUAUUUUAAUGCAGUCAUUCCGGUUUUCAUUUGAAGCAUCUUUGUAUACGUAGAUUGUUUGUAUCCAUUGCAAAGACUUGCAACUUUAUUUGUAGUCAACUUUGUUCUGAAGUUAGCAGCAGUCAGAGACUGAUAAACAAUGUGAUUCCCUGUUUAGUGGACAUCUGUGUAUGAUGGCAAAAAAGCAUAAAAAAAUUAUAAUUGUAUUUUCAAUAAAUGUAUAAAUGCGUGGACAACACGCAGUUAAAAUGGCUAAAAGUAAGGAUUUAAAAAUGAAAUGCAAAAGGAGCUAUCAAAAUGUGCCAAGACUUCUCCCUAAAUCUCUCAAAUUCAAAUCUGGACUUCGAAGACAGUUUCACUGCUUAUUUUUACAGUCUUCCCCUCUAAUCAGGGACUGAUUUUAGACCUGGGACAGCAGGUGGGUGCAAUUAGUUAUCAGGUAGAACAGAAAGCCAGCAGUACUCUGGACCUCGGGUAAGAUUUGAAUACCCCUGCCCUACAUCCUUUAUACUUUUUCAUAACGACAACGACAAGUUUGAUGUCAGACGACAAUAGCAUGUUCAUGAUGUCGCCACGACAGGCUGGUUUACAGUCAGUCUGUCAACGUCUGUAGACAAUUGUCGUAGCGACAUCAAACUUGUUGUUAUGAAAAAGUAUAAACACAAAAUGACAGCCUCUGCAUGAAUGACAUCAGCAGCCCGGUGCUCCAAAUAGCAUACUUUCUAUAUUUUAACACCAAUAAACCCAUCUGUUUUAAAAAUUUAUUCAGUAAAUGUACAUCUAGAAAGCCAGGGAACUAAAAUGAAUUUUCCAAACAAUGUUUUAGUUUGUUACUUGCUAGCUAGUUCAGAUAAUGACCAGAAUAUAGCUGACAACGUCUUAACUUUAGCUACUUUUUCUUCAUUACAGGAAAAUAAACCUACAUCAUUAUUUACAAGGUAAUGGCGAGCUUACCGAAAAUAGCUUACUGCCACAGUGUGACGAAAUAAUAGUAGGUCAUUCUAUCUGAAAAUUUUACAGGAGGAUCUUGUUACAGGAGGAUUUGUUCUGGUUGCUGUGGCAGUCUGGUAAUCAUGACAACAGAUGUUGCCACAGUCGCAGAUAAACAUUUUUCACGUCUGUGGGACAACGAAACUGACAGUCGCAGCGACGGUCUACAGACAUUCCACUGGAGUAUAAAUUAAACGUUUUCAACAGCGACACUUGAGGCAUUCUAAUUGUCUACAGACAUGUCGUUAGAGCAAGUAUAAACCAGCCUUUAGGGGUAUAACAUAGGAGAAGCAUUUGAGUUAAGUCACACUGAAAUGAUUGUACCUGUUUAGCGACACGUGUCCCACAUCGGAAGGUAGUGGGGUAUUAUUUGUCAUAAGUAUAUUAUGCUGUGUAUGUAUGGUCAGUGAGUUGGAAAAAAGUAUUUGAUCCCCUGCUGAUUUUGUACGUUUGCCCACUGACCAAGAAAUGAUCAGUCUAUAAUUUAAUGGUAGGUUUAUUUGAACAGUGAGAGACAGAAUAAUAUGGAGGUGGAAACAUUAUGCUUUGGGGGUGUUUUUCUGCUAAGGGGACAGGACAACUUCACCGCAUCAAAGGGACGUUGGACGGGGCCAUGUACCGUCAAAUCUUGGGUGAGAACCUCCUUCCCCCAGCCAGGGCAUUGAAAAUAGCUCAGCUGGUAGAGCACGGCGCUUGUAACGCCAAGGUAGUGGGUUCGAUCCCCGGGACCACCCAUACACAAAAAUGUAUGCACGCAUGACUGUAAGUCGCUUUGGAUAAAAGCGUCUGCUAAAUGGCAUAUUAUUAUUAUUAUUAUUAUUAUUUAUUCCAGCAUGACAAUGACCCAAAACACACGGCCAAGGCAACAAAGGAGUGGCUCAAGAAGAGGCACAUUAAGGUCCUGGAGUGGCCUAGCCAGUCUCCAGACCUUUAAUCACAUAGAAAAUCUGUGGAGGGAGCUGAAGGUUCGAGUUGCUAAACGUCAGCCUCGAAACCUUAAUGACUUGGAGAAGAUCUGCAAAGAGGAGUGGGACAAAAUCCCUCCUGAGAUGUCUGCAAACCUGGUGGCCAACUACAAGAAACAUUUGACCUCUGUGAUUGCCAACAAGGGUUUUGCCACCAAGUACUAAGUCAUGUUUUGCAGAGGGGUCAAAUAGUUAUUUCCCUCAUUAAAAAGCAAAUCAAUUUUUAACAUUUUUGACAUGCGUUUUUCUGGAUUAUUUUGUUGUUAUUCUGUCUCUCACUGUUCAAAUAAACCUACCAUUAAAAUUAUAGACUGAUCAUUUCUUUGUCAGUGGGCAAACGUACAAAAUCAGCAGGGGAUCAAAUACUUUUUUCCCUCACUGUACAGUUGAAGUCGGAAGUUUACAGUGGGGAAAAAAAGUAUUUAGUCAGCCACCAAUUGUGCAAGUUCUCCCACUUAAAAAGAUGAGAGAGGCCUGUAAUUUUAAUCAUAGGUACACAUCAACUAUGAGGGAAAAAAAUCCAGAAAAUCACAUUGUAGGAUUUUUUAAUGAAUUUAUUUGCAAAUUAUGGUGGAAAACAAGUAUUGGUCAAUAACAAAAGUUUCUCAAUACUUUGUUAUAUACCCUUUGUUGGCAAUGACACAGGUCAACCGUUUUCUGUAAGUCUUCACAAGGUUUUCACACACUGUUGCUGGUAUUUUGGCCCAUUCUUCCAUGCAGAUCUCCUCUACAGCAGUGAUGUUUUGGGGCUGUCGCUGGGCAAAAUGGACUUUCAACUCCCUCCAAAGAUUUUCUAUGGGGUUGAGAUCUGGAGACUGGCUAGGCCACUCCAGGACCUUAAUGCUUCUUACGAAGCCACUCCUUCGUUGCCCGGGCGGUGUGUAUGGGAUCAUUGUCAUGCUGAAAGACCCAGCCACGUUUCAUCUUCAAUGCCCUUGCUGAUGGAAGGAGGUUUUCACUCAAUCUCACGAUACAUGGCCCCAUUCAUUCUUUCCUUUACACGGAUCAGUCGUCCUGGUCCCUUUGCAGAAAAACAGCCCCAAAGCAUGAUGUUUCCACCCCCAUGCUUCACAGUAGGUAUGGUGUUCUUUGGAUGCAACUCAGCAUUCUUUGUCCUCCAAACACGACGAGUUGAGUUUUUACCAAAAAGUUAUAUUUUGGUGUCAUCUGACCAUAUGACAUUCUCCCAAUCCUCUUCUGGAUCAUCCAAAUGCACUCUAGCAAACUUCAGACGGGCCUGGACAUGUACUGGCUUAAGCAGGGGGACACGUCUGGCACUGCAGGAUUUGAGUCCCUGGCGGUGUAGUGUGUUACUGAUGGUAGGCUUUGUUACUUUGGUCCCAGCUCUCUGCAGGUCAUUCACUAGGUCCCCCCGCGUGGUUCUGGGAUUUUUGCUCACCGUUCUUGUGAUCAUUUUGACCCCACGGGGUGAGAUCUUGCGUGGAGCCCUAGAUCGAGGGAGAUUAUCAGUGGUCUUGUAUGUCUUCCAUUUCCUAAUAAUUGCUCCCACCGUUGAUUUCUUCAAACCAAGCUGCUUACCUAUUGCAGAUUCAGUCUUCCCAGCCUGGUGCAGGUCUACAAUUUUGUUUCUGGUGUCCUUUGACAGCUCUUUGGUCUUGGCCAUAGUGGAGUUUGGAGUGUGACUGUUUGAGGUUGUGGACAGGUGUCUUUUAUACUGAUAACAAGUUCAAACAGGUGCCAUUAAUACAGGUAACGAGUGGAGGACAGAGGAGCCUCUUAAAGAAGAAGUUACAGGUCUGUGAGAGCCAGAAAUCUUGGUUGUUUGUAGGUGACCAAAUACUUAUUUUCCACCAUAAUUUGCAAAUAAAUUCAUAAAAAAUCCUACAAUGUGUUUUUCUGGAAAUGUUUUUCUCAAUUUGUCUGUCAUAGUUGACGUGUACCUAUGAUGAAAAUUACAGGCCUCUCAUCUUUUUAAGUGGGAGAACUUGCACAAUUGGUGGCUGACUAAAUACUUUUUUUCCCCACUCUAACAUCUGAAUUGGACCAAAACAUUUUCUAACAAUGAGUAAGACAUGAGGAUUCCAAAGAAAUUGUUAAAAGCCACCAACGGACCCCCCCCCCCCCAAACACAUUUUUCCUAUUUGUAUGCCUCUUUAGUCCAGGGUGCAUUGCAUGGUGCUGUUGCAAAUGUCAAACUCCACUCUGUGAGGCACAUCGAUCUGCAGGUUAAACAUGGUGAGAUUGUAGACUCCUAUAUUGAUUUUGCAGUUUGUUUAGGUGAUUUUACAGCGAACUAGAUACUUCAAAUGCUGAAAUUGACUUUGGUAUUAUUGUGUGUAGCUAGCCAGCCCAUAGAGAGCAUUGUGGGUUUUGUAGCCAACUUGAGCUGCAACAUAUUUCCACAACAAUAGUAAUUGUUGUGGAUAACUGAUAUUUUCAUCUGUCACAUCAAACCGCUUGCUUUUGACAACCGUGUUUUCCCGCUAAUUGCAUUAUGGAACGAACAUUCGCGCGUAGCCUACUGCCUUGUGCGCAUUGCUGCGCUUAUGUGAAGAAAUGAUAGUUUAUCAACAUUUUUAAGCUGAACGUUCUGAUCUGUUGCAUCACUCAUUGCUUUUUUAAACUUUUUAUUUUAUUUUAUUUUUUAUGUAGCCUAGGCCUACUGGUUGUAUGAAUUUGGGAUCUAUCGUCCCACAACUGUCAGUCUGUUUGGAAUAGGCUAUUUCCUUCUCGACAAGAUGACCAAUAGAAUAGGUAAACUUUUCUACUAUGUGGGAUAAUAGAUUGACAUAGGCUAGUGAUUUUGCUGUUCGCUACUAGUCUUGUUGGCUGAGGAAAAGUAAAUGUGGGCAUUAGAAUUUGGUAAGAAGGACCGCACAUUGUUGCGUCCUCGACUUGCAUGUUCUCUUAAGAUGAUUUGCCAUAAUCUAAAGCACCGUGGGUGGAUGCUCUAAUUGGGUUUCCUAACGAAAACCCUGUGUUAGACAUACAACCAUACGAUGUUUGGCAAACACUAUUUUAGGCUAAGGCAUACAGUGCAUUCUGAAAGUAUUCAGACCCCUUCACUUUUUCCACGUUGUUACUUUACAGCCUUAUUCUAAAAUUGAUUUAAACAAAUGUUUUUCCACAAUCUAAACACAAUACCCCAUUUUUUAAAUAUUUUUUUUACGUAUUUACAUAAUUAUUCGGACCCUUUGCUAUGAGACUCGAAAUUGAGCUCAUGUGCAUCCUGUUUACAUUGAUCAUCCUUGAUGUUUCUGCACCUGUUGAUUGGACAUGAUUUGGAAAGGCACACACCUGUCUAUAUAAGGUCCCACAGUUGACAGUGCAUGUCAGAGCAAAAACCAAGCCAUGAGGUCGAAGGAAUUGUCCGUAGAGCUCUGUGACAGGAUUGUGUCGAGGCACAGAUAUGGGGAAGUGUACCAAAACAUUUCUACAGCAUUGAAGGUCCCCAAAAACACUGUGGCAUCCAUCAUUCAUAAAUGGAAUACGUUUGGAACCACCAAGACUCUUCCUAGAGCUGGCCGCCCGGCCAACCUGAGCAAUCGUGGUAGAAGGGCCUUGGUCAGGGAGGUGACCAAGAACCCGAUGGUCAAUCUAACAGAGCUGCAGAGUUCCUCUGUGGAGAUGGGAGAACCUUCCAGAAGGACAACCAUCUCUGCAGCACUCCACCAAUCAGACCUUUUAUGUUAGAGUGGCCAGACGGAAGCCACUCCUCAGUAAAAGGCACAUGACAGCCCGCUUGGAGUUUGCCAAAUGGCAACUAAAGGACUCUCAGACCAUGAGAAACAAAACAACGCAGAAUUGGCUUCGGGACAAGUCUCUGAAUGUCCUUGAGUGGCCCAACCAGAGCCCGGACUUGAACCCGAUCGACCAUCUCUGGAGAGUCCUGAAAAUAGCUGUGCAGCGACGCUCCCCAUCCAUCCUGACCGAGCUUGAGAGGAUCUGCAGAGAACAAUGGCUUGUAGCGUCAUACCCAAGAAGACUCAAGGCUGUAAUCGCUGCUAAAGGUACUGAGUAAAGGGUCUGAAUACUUUUUCUAAUAUUGGAAAAAUGUUUAUUUUUAUUUUUAUGUUUUUGCUUUGUCAUUAUGGGGUAUUGUGUGUAGAUUGAUGGAUGAAAAAAAACUAUUUAAUCCAUUUUAGAAUAAGGCUGUAACAAAAUGUGGAGAAAGUCAAGGGGUCUGAAUACUUUCCGAAUGCACUGUAUACAAGUUAUGCAUUUUGACUGAAUUUGACCACUGUUUCAGGUGUUCAUUGCCCAGUCAAGGUCCUCUGGUAGACACAGAGACGUGGAGGAUGAAGAGCUCACCAGAAUAUUUGUAAAGAUUCCCAAAACAUUCACAGAAGAAGAUCUGAAAGACACGUUCAAGGUAUGAGGUCCAUUGCAUUGUAUUUGAUGACCUGGUGAAAUAUUACUGGCCAAUUUACCCUAAGUGACCCCCCUUACAUUUUAGAAAUUUAGCAGACACUCUUAUCCAGAGCGACUUACAGUAGCAAUUUACACACCUUGUCGGCUCGGGGAAUCGAACCAGCAAAUGUUCAGUUACUGGCCCAACCCUCUAAACACUAGGCAACCUGCCGCACUUGGAUGAUAUAAGAUAGCAGACCAAUAGAGAUAAUGCUAUUUUUUUGCUUGUAGGAGUAUGGUGACAUAGAAUACUGUGUGAUCAUAAAGAAUAAAACCACGGGGGAGAGCAAAGGCUUGGGAUAUGUGAGGUAUCAUAAGCCAUCACAAGCAGCCAUUGCCAUUGAGAACUGUGAUAGAGGUAAGCAAGCAUCAGCCCUCUCAUUGAAGCCUCAAAGCAAUGCUUUUCAGAACGGAUGAACUCAAGUUAAAACACUUUGACUCCACUGUAGUAUUUAAUUUGUAUCGAUCUAACCCUUGUCUGUGCAACUAGCCUACAGGGCUGUUCUUGCUGAGCCCCGAAGCAAGAACUCAUCUGCAGAUAAUGACUAUCACAACAGUGGCAGAGCAGAGCACAUGUCAAGUGACCUGGGAAUGAACCCCUAUUCCUUUGGAGCGUGUAUGUGAAGUGCUUCAAAUUCUGAUUCAGAAUGUGACAUUUGCUUUCGUUUGCAUUUGCUUUAACCUAGCUGUGGUCUGACAUCUGUCUGUGUUCCCUACAUGACAGCUGACCCUGGCAGUUAUGCCGUAACUGACUACCGAUCCAGUGACCUCAUUACCAGGUGCCUAAUGGUUUCCUCGAGAGCUAGCAUUACCCAGGAGCAGAUUUAUGGCCUCUGUGACCUCAUACCAGGGAUGGAUUACUGCGAGAUGCAGCGGGAUCAUUAUGGACUCAACAAAGGUAUGAUACAUUGAUAAUUGUGUAUUUAAUAGGGAAAGAUGCAGUUAAAUAAAAUUAGUAUCACACAUUGAUUUAUCAACAGUAACACUUUAGACACGACUAUAAAGACAGUUUAUAAACUAUGUUUAUAAUGCUUAUAAGAAAUUCUAGAAUAAGCCUACUCAUUCUUUUGUUAAUAAAAAAAAAAAAACAAUUACGUUCUUAUGUAGUGUUACCCACAAAGGUUAACACUCCUGAUUUUGUAUUUAAAUUGUUCACAUUAAUGUUUGAUAUUGCUCAUGAUGCAUGUAAAACGUUUUAACUGUAGGCCACCCCCCCCCCCCCCCCCCCCCCCCAGGACAUGCUGUGAUUCGCUACAACAACCUGGGCUCUGCCGUCUACGCCAAAGAGAAGCUGAAUGGCUUUGAGUAUCCUCCUGGAAACCGCCUCAUCGUGACCCACAUAGAUGAUGGAGAAGACAGGACCAGGUACAGACUUAUCAUGUGAUGAUAGACACUUCAAAUGUGUCAAAUGUCUUGAUCGUUGUUUAUCAAUAAUGAUAAUGGAUUUAUUUGAAAGUAGUACGCUUUAAAGCAUGAUCUUUAGGUUUAUUUUAUCUUGUACAUAUUCAUUGCUUAAGACCCACUCCAGCCACCCACUCACCUAAUUUAUUUACCUGAGACUGGAAACUUUCGACGGCAGUUACUGGGCCAUAGUUAGUUGUGUUUAGUUGUUGAAAGAUAGUGUAAGUUAGUUUUGUUUAUUAGGAUUAGCUACUGCACAUGCAGCAGCUACUCUUCCUGGGGUCCACAUAGAGUGAGGGGAAAAAGUUUUUGAUCCCCUGCUGAUUUUGUACGUUUGACUACUGACAAAGAAAUGAUCAGUCUAUAAUUUUAUUAGUACGUUUAUUUGAACAGUGAGAGACAGAAUAACAACAAUAAAAUCCAGAAAAACGCAUGUCAAGAAUGUUAUAAAUUGAUUUGCAUUUUAAUGAGGGAAAUAAGUAUUUGACCCCCUCUCAAUCAGAAAGAUUUCUGGCUCCCAGGUGUCUUUUAUACAGGUAACGAGCUGAGAUCAGGAGCACACUCUUAAAGGGAGUGCUCCUAAUCUCAGCUUGUUACCUGUAUAAAAUACACCUGUCCACAGAAGCAAUCAAUCAGAUUCCAAACUCUCCACCAUGGCCAAGACCAAAGAGCUCUCCAAGGAUGUCAGGGACAAGAUUGUAGACCUACACAAGGCUGGAAUGGGCUACAAGACCAUCGCCAAGCAGCUUGGUGAGAAGGUGACAACAGAAGAAACACAAAACAACUGUCAAUCUCCCUCGGCCUGGGGCUCCAUGCAAGAUCUCACCUCUUGGAGUUGCAAUGAUCAUGAGAACAGUGAGGAAUUAGCCCAGAACUACACGGGAACAUCUUGUCAAUGAUCUCAAAGCAGCUGGGACCAUAGUCACCAAGAAAACAAUUGGUAACACACUACGCCGUGAAGGACUGAAAUCCUGCAGCGCCCGCAAGGUCCCCCUGCUCAAGAAAGCACAUAUACAUGCCCGUCUGAAAUUUGCCAAUGAACAUCUGAAUGAUUCAGAGGAGAACUAGGUGAAAGUGUUGUGGUCAGAUGAGACCAAAAUCGAGCUCUUAGGCAUCAACUCAACUCGCCGUGUUUGGAGGAGGAGGAAUGCUGCCUAUGACCCCAAGAACACCAUCCCCACCGUCAAACAUGGAGGUGGAAACAUUAUGCUUUGGGGGUGUUUUUCUGCUAAGGGGACAGGACAACUUCACCGCAUCAAAGGGACGAUUGACGGGGCCAUGUACCGUCAAAUCUUGGGUGAGAACCUCCUUCCCUCAGCCAGGGCAUUGAAAAUGACCCAAAACACACGGCCAAGGCAACAAAGGAGUGGCUCAAGAAGAAGCACAUGAAGGUCCUGGAGUGGCCUAGCCAGUCUCCAGACUUUAAUCCCAUAGAAAAUAUGUGGAGGGAGCUGAAGGUUCGAGUUGCCAAACGUCAGCCUCGAAACCUUAAUGACUCAGAGAAGAUCUGCAAAGAGGAGUGGAACAAAAUCCCUCCUGAGAUGUGUGCAAACCUGGUGGCCAACUACUAGAAACGUCUGACAUCUAUAAUAAUAAUAAUAAUAAUAUGCCAUUUAGCAGACGCUUUUAUCCAAAGCGACUUACAGUCAUGCGUGCAUAUUAUUAUUAUUUUUGUGUAUGGGUGGUCCCGGGGAUCGAGCCCACUACCUUGGCGUUACAAGCGCCGUGCUCUACCAGCUGAGCUACAGAGGACCACCUGUGAUUGCCAACAAGGGUCUUGCCACCAAGUACUAAGUCAUGUUUUGCAGAGGGUUCAAAUACUUUUUUCCCUCACUGUACAAAUACAUUAUAAAGUACAGAACAGUUAUAGACAAGAACAACACAAGAUAUUACUUACAAAUAUAAAAAGUUAUGUCUGUAUAUGUAUGUAUAUAAACUCAGCAAAAAAAGAAACGUCCUCUCAAUGUCAACUGCGUUUAUUUUCAGCAAACUUAACAUGUGUAAAUAUUUGGAAAAAUGUGUCCCUGAACAAAGGGUGGGUCAAAAUCAAAAGUAACAGUCAGUAUCUGGUGUGGCCACCAGCUGCAUUAAGUACUGCAGUGCAUCUCCUCCUCAUGGACUGCACCAGAUUUGCCAGUUCUUGCUGUGAGAUGUUACCCCACUCUUCCACCAAGGCACCUGCAAGUUCCCUGACAUUUCUGGGGGCAAUGGCCCUAGCCCUCACCCUCUGAUCCAACAGGUCCCAGACGUGCUCAAUGGGAUUGAGAUCCGGGCUCUUCGCUGGCCAUGGCAGAACACUGACAUUCCUGUCUUGCAGGAAAUCACGCACAGAACGAGCAGUAUGGCUGGUGGCAUUGUCAUGCUGGAGGGUCAUGUCAGGAUGAGCCUGCAGGAAGGUUACCACAUGAGGGAGGAGGAUGUCUUCCCUGUAACGCACUGCGUUGAGAUUGCCUGCAAUGACAACAAGCUCAGUCCGAUGAUGCAGUGACACACCGCCCCAGACCAUGACAGACCCUCCACCUCCAAACCGAUCCUGCUCCAGAGUACAGGCCUCGGUGUAAUGCUCAUUCCUUCGACGAUAAACGCGAAUCCGACCAUCACCCCUGGUGAGACAAAACCGCGACUCGUCAGUGAAGAGCACUUUUGCUAGUCCUUUCUGGUCCAGCGACAGUGGGUUUGUGCUUAUAGACAACGUUAUUGCCGGUGAUGUCUGGUAAGGACCUGCCUUACAACAGGCCUACACGCCUCAGUCCAGCCUCUCUCAGCCUAUUGUGGACAGUCUGAGCACUGAUGGAGGGAUUGUGCGUUCCUGGUGUAACUCGGGCAGUUGUUGUUGCCAUUCUGUACCUAUCCCGCAGGUGUGAUGUUCGUAUGUACCGAUCCUGUGCAGGUGUUGUUACACGUGGUGUGCCACUGCGAGGACGAUCAGCUGUCCGUCCUGUCUCCCUGUAGCGCUGUCUUAGGCGUCUCACAGUACGGACAUUGCAAUUUAUUGCCCUGGCCAUAUCUGCAGUCGUCAUGCCUCCUUGCGGCAUGCCUAAGGCACGUUCACGCAGAUGAGCAGGGGCCCUGGGCAUAUUUAUUUUGGUGUUUUUCAGAGUCAGUAGAAAGGCCUCUUUAGUGUCCUAAGUUUUAAUAACUGUGACCUUAAUUGCCUACCGUCUGUUAGCUGUUAGUGUCUUAACGACCGUUCCACAGGUGCAUGUUCAUUAAUUGUUUAUGGUUCAUUGAACAAGCAUGGAUUUUUACGAAUUAUCUUUGAAAGACAGGGUCCUGAAAAAGGGAUGUUUCUUUUUUUGCUGAGUUUAUAUGAAAGACACAAAGAGAUGACAAAAACACAAUUUACACUAAAUGUUAGGUCUGACCCAAUUUAGUCGAUUGUUUGGUCGAUUGACUGUUGAUCGACUGAUCUCUUCUAGUCGAGCAAUCGCAAUUGUUUAUUUUAUCAUGGUGCACAAGACACCUGUCUGAUUCGCGCCUGUCUCAGUGGACUAAUCCUUUGCGAAGGAUGGCACAGAUAUAAAAUUGUAUAUGGUUAUAUUAUUUGAAAAAUAAUGGUGCAACUCUAAAUGUAAUUACAUUUUAUAACAAAUGUGCUUUCUCCGGCGUUGAAUACGGUCGCUGUCCGCGGUUCUAAAACAUAAUCUUCAGUGCGCCAUUGAAUUGGCGCCUUUCCCUAUGUUGCUAUGUGCAUAAUAACACAGUUGAACAAUGCGGCGGAGGCAGCAGCAGCAGAGACAAAGAAACAGUCAUUGCCUUAGCCUAAUUGUCUAAGAAAAUUGGAGAGAGGAAAUCCCAAAUUAAUUAGGUCUAUAAUUAUUAGUCUAACUGUUAAAUGUGCCUGGCUUUGUAAAUCAUUCAUAUACAGUGCAUUGGGGAAGUAACGUUUUGUUACGUUACAGCCUUAUUCUAAAAUGGAUUAAAUUCAUUUUUUUCCUCAUAAAUCUACACACAAAAUCCCAUAAUGACAAAGCAAAAACAGAUGUUUGCAAAAAAUAAUCAAAAUGUAUUACAAAUAAAAAACAUACCUUAUUUACAUAAGUAUUCAGACCCUUUGCUAUGAGACUUGAAAUUGAGCUCCGGUGCAUCGUGUUUCCAUUGAUCAUCCUUGAUGUUUCUACAACUUGAUUGGAGUCCACCUGUAGUAAUUUAAAUAGAUUGGACAUGAUUUGGAAAGGCACACACCUGUCUAUAUUAGGUCCCACAGUUGACAGUGCAUGUCAGAGCAAAAACCAAGCCAUGAGGUUGAAGGAAUUGUCCAUAGAGCUCUGAGACAGGAUUGUGUCGAGGCACAGAUCUGGGGAAGGGUACUAAAAACAUUUCUGCAGCAUUGAAGGUCCCCAAAAACACAGUGGCAUCCAUCAUUCUUAAAUGGGAAGAAGUUUGGAACCACCAAGACUCUUCCUAGAGCUGGCCGCCUAGCCAAACUGAGCAAUCGUGGGAGAAGGGCCUUGGACAAGGAGGUGACCAAGAACCUGAUGGUCACUCUUACAGAGCUCCAGAGUUCCUCUAUGGAGAUGGGAGAAUCUUCCAGAAGGACAACCAUCUCUGCAUCACUCCACCAAUCAGGCCUUUAUGGUAGAGUGGCCAGUCGGAAGCCACUCCUCAGUAAAAGGCACAUGACAGCCCGCUUGGAGUUUGCCAAAAGGCAACUAAAUGAUCAUGAGAAACAAGAUUCUCUGGUCUGAUAAAACCAAGAUUGAACUCUUUGACCUGAAUGCCAAGCGUCAUGUCUGGAGGAAACCUGGCACCAUCCCUACAGUGAAGCAUGGUGGUGGCAGUAUCAUGCUGUGGGGAUGUUUUUCAGCGCCAGGGACUGGGAGACUAGUCAGGAUCGAGGGAAAGAUGAACGGAGCAAAGUACAGAGAGGUCCUUGAUGAAAACCUGCUCCAGAGCGCUCAGGACCUCAGACUGGGGUGAAGGUUCUCUUUCCAACAGGACAACAACCCUAAGCACACAGCCAAGACAACGCAGGAGUGACUUUGGGACAAGUCUCUGAAUGUCCUUGAGUGGCCCAGCCAGAGCCCAGAAUUGAACCUGAUCUAACAUCUCUGGAGAGACCUGAAAAUAGCUGUGCAGCGACGCUACCCAUCCAACCUGACAGAGUUUGGGAAGAUCUGCAGAGAAGAAUGGUCCUAUGGGUGGUCCUCUGUAGCUCAGCUGGUUAGAGCACGGCGCUUGUAACGCCAAGGUAGUGGGUUCGAUCCCCGGGACCACCCAUACACAAAAAUGUAUGCACUCAUGACUGUAAGUCGCUUUGGAUAAAAAUGGCAAAUGGCUAAAUGGCAUAUAAUAAUAAUAAUAAUUAUUAUUAUUAUUAUAAGAAUGGGAGAAACUCCCCAAAUACAUGUGUGCCAAGCUUAUAGCGUCAUACCCAAGACGAUUUGUGGCUGUAAUCGCUGCCAAAGGUGCUUCAACAAAGUACUGAGUAAAGGGUCUGAAUACUUAUGUAAAUGUGAUAUUUCGUUGAUUUCUUUGCACACAUUUUUAAAAACCUGUUUUUGCUUUGUCAUUAUGGGGUAUUGUAUGUAGAUUGAUGUGAAAAACAACAACAAUUUAAUCAAUUUUAGAAUAAGGCUGUAACCUAACAAAAUGUGGAAAAAGUCAAGGGUCUGAAUGCUUUCUGAAGGCACUGUAUAUGUAGAUGUACAAUUUUGACACUGACUGUGUGUGUGAGAGAGAGAAGGACCCCUUUUGCCCAUUUGUUUUUGAGUUAGUCCUUGGUGGGACAGUAUUUACCAAAACUGCUGGUUGUCAUGUCAUGGCACCUUCUGGGUAUCCCCCUUCAGGACUGUGACACCAUAACUUAUUGAGCAGUAAAGCUGUUCCUUGACUCAAUACUGUUAAAGCUGCAAUAUACAAGUACACCCCCUGGAUAGGACGCUAGUCUAUUGCAGGGCCUUAACCACAAUCUAUCUUGAGUGCCAAGCAGAGACUCAUCGGGUCCCAUUUUUUUACAGUCUGGUAUGACUCUGCCAGUGGUCGAACUGUCCAACCUUCAAAUCUCAGGGAGGACACUGACAAGGGCACUGAAUUGGUUAUGCAAGCCAUAGGUAUAACUGUAUUUUGACAUGUUGACUGAGGCAUGCACAAUUUAAACAUUUACUGGCUACCCUUGGUGACCUUAGAGAGAGACAUUGUCCUACAGGUAACAGCUAUUCUUCUUAGUUGUGAUCUUGUUUACUAUCUACACAAUGUUCAACUACUGUAGGUUUCUUUGAUAAUGGUUUCCAACAUGUUUGACAUAACCUCAUAACAUUUCUGUGUUGUUAUUUUUGCAGAACAUCUUAUUGAACAUAUGACUAGUGGUAACUAGGGGUGGUGGGGGGGAAUUAGGGCAUCAAGGCAUCUUUCAGCCAUUUUGGUUCCCCUCCAGCCCUUGCUUCCUAUGGGAGAGUAUCUUUACCUGUCUGAUGGUGGGCAGCAGCAUCUGGAAGACAGGAGGGGGCAGCGUCUGCUGGAGGAGCUGCUCGGGUUGCCCGUACACAGCAAUGACAUCAUAGUUUCCUGAUGGUUGAAACAGGUCUGGGGCAAAUGAGCUAAAAUAGAAAAGGCUUUUCUUCCCAGAAUAACUUUGGUAGCCUUCAAAUCAGACAACAGCUACUCAUAAGAAUCGACUCGUUCCAGUACAUAUCAUAGAUCAUCUGCCCCCUUACAGAGUCUCUGUUACUGUCCCCUGCAGGUAUAAUAAUAAUAAUAUGCCAUUUAGCAGACGCUUUUAUCCAAAGCGACUUACAGUCAUGCGUGCAUACAUUUUUGUGUAUGGGUGGUCCCGGGGAUCGAACCCACUACCUUGGCGUUACAAGUGCUGUGCUCUACCAGCUGAGCUACAGAGGACCACAUAAUAAUUUAAUACUGACAAUAUUUACUGGCAUGCAAACGAAAGCUUGACUUGCAAUAAGCAAAAUGUCACGUACAAGAAUUCAGUGGGGAGGAUCAUGGGACUACAAUAUGAAUAGAAUUAGAUUUUAUUCUAAUGUGGACACUACCAUGCCGUAGAGUAGUCCGUAUAUUGAGGGAGUUUAAUUAAGCUGGACCGGGGUGCACCGAGCUAUGGCCCGUGACGUGAAUAGGUGAAAGCUGUGAGGGAGGAGUGCCCUGGUCAUAUUGUCAACAAGACCGCAUGGUUCAACGUUCAGAAACAUAGAACAUGUAUUUUCCAUAAAGUAUAUGUUAAGACUAUUACUAGUUCUUCUUGAAAAGGCAGAUAAAGUACAUAUUCGUUUUUCUUUUACCAAGAGCAAACACUUUGGAUGUAUCUCUAUGUUCUUGACAUGCGUCACUUUGUUUUGAGCCGACAUAGCCAUGGGCUCACGCCCUGUUUUAUUGUACAUGUGACGUUACACUAUAUAGUCAGAUGACAUGCUUUCAGAUAAUUGCCUUGUUUUUGAAUAGCCACAUACCAUUAGUGGUUACUUUAGUGCAUCAUAGCUUGCUAGAUGUCUUUAAGAAAAUAAAUAACCAUGCUAGCUAGUUAUCCAGCUAAUUGUUUCAAUGCCCCUUCCAAAUGUGAAAUUACAAGACAAAAAAGCCACUUAUCAUACCUAAAGGUGUUCCACGAUGGUGUCUUGUUGUGAAGGUAGCUAGCUAGCUAACGUUAGCCAGUAGUGACUAUUCAUAGAAAGCUAGCUACUAGCUGGCUAACCUACCAGUGGCUAGCUACAUACACUGAGUGUAUAAAACAUUAGGAACACCUGCUCUUUCCAUGCCAUAGACUGACCAGGUGAAAGCUAUGAUCCCUUAUUGAUGUCCCUUGUUUAAUCCACUUCAAUCAGUGUAGAUGAAGGGGAGGAGACAGGUUAAAUAAGGAUUUUUAAGCCUUGCACUGGUUUGAGUGUCAAGAAGUAUAACGCUGCUGGGUUUUUCAUGCUCAACAGUUUCCUGUGUGUAUCAAGAAUGGUCCACCACCCAAAGGACAUCCAGCCAACUUGACACAACUGUGGGACGCAUUGGAGUCAACAUGGGCCAGCAUCCCUGUGGAAUGCUUUCGACACCCUGUGGAGUCUAUGCCCUGACGAAUUGAGGCUGUUCUGGGGGCAAAAGGGGUGGUGCAACUCAAUAUUAGGAAGGUGUUCCUAAUGUUUUUACCCUCAGUGUAUAAUAGCCAAUUGGCCAUAUUAGCUAGCUACUAGUAUCUCCCCGUGUCCCCUCCUCUGAGCUUUAUAGUCCCCUCCCGCAAAGUCCUCGCAAACACUGUCUGUUUACAUUUACAUUUUAGUCAUUUAGCAGACGCUCUUUUCCAGAGCGACUUACAGUUAGUGAAUACAUCUUUUUUUAUUUUUUAUUUUUUUUAUACUGGCCCCCCGUGGGAAUCGAACCCAAAUGCCAUUCUCUAUCAACUGAGCUACAUCCCUGCCGGCCAUUCCCUCCCCUAGCCUGGACGACGCUGGGCCAAUUGUGCGCCGCCCAUGAGUCUCCCGGUCGCGGCCGGCUGCGACAGAGCCUGGAUUCGAACCAGGAUCUCUAGUGGCACAGUUAGCACUGCGAUGCAGUGCCUUAGACCACUGCGCCACUCAGGAGACUCAGGAGUCUGUUCUACUUCUUCUGUGGGGUUUCACACUGGCUGUUGUUGCCGGUACACCCUAAAAACAUGACUUUAGGCAGCUACAUGCUUCCAUAUCUAAAUACUUUCCUGUUUGUGUUUUGAAAAUUAUGACAACUGAGCAAUGUAAAAUAUAAAUAUUUAUAAAUAUAAAUAUUUAGGAGCAGGACGUUGGAAUUCUUUUGGCAGUUUUUUAAUGUACAAAAUCAAACGUCAGUGGUCGUUGGCCUAUGACAGUUCUAGUGUUAAAACUGGCCCAAAAACACUCUUUAGGAAGGCCUUCUCUUAGUUAUAGCGGUGUUCCUUGUUUUCCUUGUCCCUUGUAGUGUCAACUGUGUUCUUUGUCAGUGGCCUUAAUUUAUCUACGUCUCUUGUUUUUAUUUAUUUUAUUGCACUCACUGUCAUUGUUUUUCAAUGAAAAGCGUUAUCAGUUAUUAUUAAUAGUAUUAACUACAAUUGGAUACACGCAGCUUAUUUUCUCUCACAACUAGUUUCCCUAGAAGUAGCAGCACUCACAAUAAUAAAUGUCAAAUCGAUAGAAUGAAUGCAUCAAAUUGUAUGUCUACUUUAUGUGUUUGUCUCUGUCCCUACCCGUCCGUUCGAGUACAUUCUAGAGAUGCUGAAAGGGUAAAAAAACGAGUGGGUCACCAUUGUAAGACAAUUGUCAUGUCCUUUUGUUAGUCCUGUCGGGAAGAUGGCGAUGCAGCUGGUUGCUGCUCAGAUGAUGUCAAUGGUGUGGAAUGGUCCUACCACCAGCCAGCAACUGAUGAAGACGAGCACAGUAAGCAACAGUGUUGUACUUGCACUUGCAGUUAUUCUAGUAUCAAGAUUGGCAUAGCUCCUCAAAGGAGCUCACAACCUUUCCAACUCAUUUUUCAUGGACUAUCACAUCUAGACAGAUCGUAGAUUUUCAAGACUCAGAAUGAUUUUCUUUUUAGGACUAACUUCAGGAUGUUGGUGUGCGAAUGGGUAUUCUGUUAAUCUCUUAAUGUGACGUGUGUCUAUCAGGGUUACCGCACAGCCUCUCCGAUGCCCCGGAUCCAGACAGAUGUAUCACUUCCCUCUCUGAAGAACCUGGCACCCCCAGAUAGCCGGGUUAAGGAGCGUCUCUUUGUGGUCUUCAGCCCUGCACCUCUUCCCAUGGACGUCUUGGAAGAUGUCUUCUGGUAUGGAAGAACUUAAAAUAGCUAAGCUGUGUCCUUCAGUUCACAAUCCCAAUAAGUCCUUACUAUGAUAACACAUUAUUUAAAGGUCUUAUAUAGGAGCCUCAGAUAGCGACAUCGACAGAGCCUAUGGCAGGAGCGGGGACAACUCCUCCCGCUGCGUGCGUGUGUGCGUGCAUGCAUGCAUACACACAUACAUACAUACAGCACCAGUCAAAAGUUUGGGCACGCCUACUCAUUCCAGGGUUUUUCUUUAUUUUUACUAUUUUCUACUUUGUAGAAUAAUAGUGAAGACAUCAAAACUAUGAAAUAACACAUAUGGAAUCAUGUAGUAACAAAAAAAAGUGUUAAACAAAUCAAAAUAUAUUUUAUAUUUGAGAUUCUUCAAAUAGCCACCCUUUGCUUUGAUGACAGCUUUGCACACUCAGCAUUCUCUCAACCAGCUUCACCUGGAAUGCUUUUCCAACAGUCUUGAAGGAGUUCCCACAUAUGCUGAGCACUUGUUGGCUGCUUUUCCUUCACUCUGCGGUCCGACUCAUCCCAAACCAUUUCAGUUAGGUUGAGGUCGGGGGGAUUGUGGAGGCCAGGUCAUCUGAUGCAGCACUCCAUCACUCUCCUUCUUGGUCAAAUAGCCCUUACACAGCCUGGAGGUGUGUUGGGUCAUUGUCCUGUUGAAAAACAAAUGAUAGUUCCAAUAAGCCCAAACCAGAUGGGAUGGCAUAUCGCUGCAGAAUGCUGUGGUAGCCAUGCUGGUUAUACAGUGGGGAGAACAAGUAUUUGAUACACUGCUGAUUUUGCAGGUUUUCCUACUUACAAAGCAUGUAGAGGUCUGUAAUUUUUAUCAUAGGUACACAUCAACUGUGAGAGACGGAAUCUAAAACAAAAAUCCAGAAAAUCACAUUGUAUGAUUUAAGUAAUUAAUUUGCAUUUUAUUGCAUGACAUAAGUAUUUGAUACAUCAGAAAAGCAGAACUUAAUAUUUGGUACAGAAACCUUUGUUUGCAAUUACAGAGAUCAUACGUUUCCUGUAGGUCUUGACCAGGUUUGCACACACUGCAGCAGGGAUUUUGGCCCACUCCUCCAUUCAGACCUUCUCCAGAUCCUUCAGGUUUCGGGGCUGUCGCUGGGCAAUACGAACUUUCAGCUCCCUCCAAAGAUUUUCUAUUGGGUUCAGGUCUGGAAACUGGCUAGGCCACUCCAGGACCUUGAGAUGCUUCUUAUGGAGCCACUCCUUAGUUGCCCUGGCUGUGUGUUUCGGGUCAUUGUCAUGCUGGAAGACCCAGCCACGACCCAUCUUCAAUGCUCUUACUGAGGGAAGGAGGUUGUUGGCCAAGAUCUCACGAUACAUGACCCCAUCCAUCCUCCCCCCUUUGCAGAAAAGCAUCCCCAAAGAAUGAUGUUUCCACCUCCAUGCUUCACGGUUAGGAUGGUGUUCUUGGGGUUGUACUCAUCCUUCUUUUUCCUCCAAACACGGCGAGUGGAGUUUAGACCAAAAAGCUCUAUUUUUGUCUCAUCAGACCACAUGAACUUCUCCCAUUCCUCCUCUGGAUCAUCCAGAUGGUCAUUGGCAAACUUCAGACGGGCCUGGACAUGCGCUGGCUUGAGCAGGGGGACCUUGCGUGCGCUGCAGGAUUUUAAUCCACGACGGCGUAGUGUGUUACUAAUGGUUUUCUAUGAGACUGUGGUCCCAGCUCUCUUCAGGUCAUUGACCAGGUCCUGCCGUGUAGUUCUGGGCUGAUCCCUCACCUUCUUCAUGAUCAUUGAUGCCCCACGAGGUGAGAUCUUGCAUGGAGCCCCUGACCGAGGGUGAUUGAUUGUCAUCUUGAACUUCUUCCAUUUUCUAAUAAUUGCGCCAACAGUUGUUGCCUUUUCACAAAGCUGCUUGCCUAUUGUCCUGUAGCCCAUCCCAGCCUUGUGCAGGUCUACAAUUUGUAUCCCUUAUGUCCCUACACAGCUCUCUGGUCUUGGCCAUUGUGGAGAGGUUGGAGUCUAUUUGAUUGAGUGUGUGGACAGGUGUCUUUUAUACAGGUAACGAGUUCAAACAGGUGCAGUUAAUACAGGUAAUGAGUGGAGAACAGGAGGGCUUCUUAAAGAAAAACUAACAGGUCUGUGAGAGCCGGAAUUCUUACUGGUUGGUAGGUGAUCAAAUACUUAUGUCAUGCAAUAAAAUGCAAAUGUAUUACUUAAAAAUCAUACAAUGUGAUUUUCUGGAUUUUUGUUUUAGAUUCCGUCUCUCACAGUUGAAGUGUACAUAUGAUAAAAAUUACAGACCUCUACAUGCUUUGUAAGUAGGAAAACCUGCAAAAUCGGCAGUGUAUCAAAUACUUGUUCUCCCCACUCUAUCAAAUACUUGUUCUCCCCACUCUACAAUAUUUACAGUUACCUAAACAAACUAUUUCAUAAUGUUUUAUAAGCAAUCAGGCCUAAUAAGCACAAGUACUUACUGAUGGUUCUUUCUGCAGUCGAUUUGGUUCCCUUGUGGAGGUGCACCUCGUGCCUGGGAGGAACGUAGGCUACAUGAAGUAUGCCGAGAAAGAGAGUGCGGGUGAAGCUAUGGCUGCCUUGCAUGGUAAAAUGGUGAACGGAGUGAGGAUGAAGGUGAUGCUGGCUGACCCGCCGAGGGAACCAAGGGAGGAGUCCCACAAGCGCCCACGGACAUACUAGCCAACUCCUAGGUAGAAGAGGUAAGUCAUUUUUAAAGUUAAGAUGAAUGUAUUUUGUUGAUGCUAAAUUAACAUUGUUAACCCUAACCCUUAAUUUUGUAAUGCUUUUAAAUUAUAUUUUCUUAAUUUUGUCAUUUUCACCAAAAUGAGCAAUUCUUAUAGAACACAAUACUGGGGCUUCUUAUGAUCCUAGAAACUGAUCCACGUGAAUAAAAUAUUGUUUUGUGAACUCGAGGAGAACCAUGCCCUCAGGGUUGACCUAGAUCGACGCUGGAGAAGCUUAAAGGCCCAGUGCAGUCAACAACAUGAUUUUCCUGUUUAAAAUAUAUAUAUAUUUAUUUUAUUGAACCUCUAUUUAACUAGGCACGUCAGUUAAGAACAAAUUCCUAUUUACAAUGACGGCCUAGGUGUGUCCAAACUUUUGACUGGUAGUGUGUAUAUAUAUAUAUAUAUAUACACACACUACCAGUCAAAAGUUUGGACACACCUACUCAUUCAAGGGUUUUUCUUUAUUGUAGAAUAAUAGUGAAGACAUCAAAACUAUGAAAAACACAUAUGGAAUCAUGUAGUAACCAAAAAAGUGUUAAACAAAUCAAAAUAUAUUUUAUAUUUGAGAUUCUUCAAAUAGCCACCUUUUGUCUUAAUGACAGCUUUGCACACUCUUGGCAUUCUCUCAACCAGCUUCAUGAGGUAGUCACCUGGAAUGCAUUUCAAUUAACAGGUGUACCUUCUUAAAAGUUAAUUUGUUGAAUUUAUUUCCGUCUUAAUGCGUUUGAGCCAAUCAGUUGUGUUGUGACAAGGUACAGAAGAUAGCCCUAUUUGGUAAAAGACCAAGUCCAUAUUAUGACAAGAACAGCUCAAAUAAGGUACUGUGUGUAUACAUACAUACAUACAUACAUACAUACAUACAGUGGGGAGAACAAGUAUUUGAUACACUGCCGAUUUUGCAGGUUUUCCUACUUACAAAGCAUGUAGAGGUCUGUCAUUUUUAUCAUAGGUACACUUCAACUGUGAGAGACGGAAUCUGAAACAAAAAUCCAGAAAAUCACAUUGUAGGAUUUUUAAGUAAUUAAUUUGCAUUUUAUUGCAUGACAUAAGUAUUUGAUACAUCAGAAGGGCAGAACUUAAUAUUUGGUAUGGAAACCUUUGUUUGCAAUUACAGAGAUCAUACGUUUCCUGUAGGUCUUGACCAGGUUUGCAUACACUGCAGCAGGGAUUUUGGCCCACUCCUCCAUACAGACCUUCUCCAGAUCCUUCAGGUUUUGGGGCUGUCGCUGGGCAAUACGGACUUUCAGCUCCCUCCAAAGAUAGUUCUGGGCUGAUCCCUCACCUUCCUCAUGAUCAUUGAUGCCCCACGAGGUGAGAUCUUGCAUGGAGCCCCAGACCGAGGGUGAUUGACCGUCAUCUUGAACUUCUUCCAUUUUCUAAUAAUUGCGCCAACAGUUGUUGCCUUCUCACCAAGCUGCUUGCCUAUUGUCCUAUAGCCCAUCCCAGCCUUGUGCAGGUCUACAAUUUUAUCCCUGAUGUCCUUACACAGCUCUCUGGUCUUGGCCAUUGUGGAGAGGUUGGAGUCUGUUUGAUUGAGUGUGUGGACAGGUGUCUUUUAUACAGGUAACAAGUUCAAACGGGUGCAGUUAAUACAGGUAAUGAGUGGAGAACAGGAGGGCUUCUGAAAGAAAAACUAACAGGUCUGUGAGAGCCGGAAUUCUUACUGGUUGGUAGGUGAUCAAAUACUUAUGUCAUGCAAUAAAAUGCAAAUUAAUAUGCCAUUUAGCAGACGCUUUCAUCCAAAGCGACUUACAGUCAUGAGUGCAUACAUUUUUGUGUAUGGGUGGUCCCGGGGAUCGAACCCACUACCUUGGCGUUACAAGCGCCGUGCUCUACCAGCUGAGCUACAGAGGACCACUUAAAAAUCAUACAAUGUGAUUUUCUGGAUUUUUGUUUUAGAUUCCGUCUCUCACAGUUGAAGUGUACCUAUGAUAAAAAUGACAGACCUCUACAUGCUUUGUAAGUAGGAAAACCUGCAAAAUCGGCAGUGUAUCAAAUACUUGUUCUCCCCACUGUACAUUAAUACAUACAUGCAUACAGUGCCAGUCAAAAGUUUGGACACACCUACUCAUUCCAGGGUUUUUCUUUAUUUUUACUAUUUUCUGUCAUUCCAGGUGACUACCUCAUUAAGCUAGUUGAGAGAAUGUCAAGAGUGUGCAAAGCUCUCAUCAAGGAAAAGGGUAGCUACUUUGAAGGAUCUCAAAUAUAAAAUAUAUUUUGAUUUGUUUUAACACUUUUUGGGUUACUACAUGAUUCCAUAUGUGUUUUAUUUCAUAGUUUUGAUGUCUUCACUAUUGUUCUACAAUGUAGAAAAUAGUAAAAAUAAAGAAAAACCCUUGAAUGAGUAGGUGUGUCCAAACUUUUGACUGGUACUAUGUAUAUACAGUGGGGAAAAAAAGUAUUUAGUCAGCCACCAAUUGUGCAAGUUCUCCCACUUAAAAAGAUGAGAGAGGCCUGUAAUUUUCAUCAUAGGUACACGUCAACUAUGACAGACAAAUGGAGAAAAGAAAAUCCAGAAAAUCACAUUGUAGGAUUUUUAAUGAAUUUAUUUGCAAAUUAUGGUGGAAAAUAAGUAUUUGGUCACCUACAAACAAGCAAGAUUUCUGGCUCUCACAGACCAGUAACUUAUUCUUUAAGAGGCUCCUCUGUCCUCCACUCGUUACCUGUAUUAAUGGCACCUGUUUGAACUUGUUAUCAGUAUAAAAGACACCUGUCCACAACCUCAAACAGUCACACUCCAAACUCCACUAUGGCCAAGACCAAAGAGCUGUCAAAGGACACCAGAAACAAAAUUGUAGACCUGCACCAGGCUGGGAAGACUGAAUCUGCAAUAGGUAAGCAGCUUGGUUUGAAGAAAUCAACUGUGGGAGCAAUUAUUAGGAAAUGGAAGACAUACAAGACCACUGAUAAUCUCCCUCGAUCUGGGGCUCCACGCAAGAUCUCACCCCGUGGGGUCAAAAUGAUCACAAGAACGGUGAGCAAAAAUCCCAGAACCACACGGGGGGACCUAGUGAAUGACCUGCAGAGAGCUGGGACCAAAGUAACAAAGCCUACCAUCAGUAACACACUACGCCGCCAGGGACUCAAAUCCUGCAGUGCUAGACGUGUCCCCCUGCUUAAGCCAGUACAUGUCCAGGCCCGUCUGAAGUUUGCUAGAGUGCAUCCAGAAGAGGAUUGGGAGAAAGUCAUAUGGUCAGAUGAAACCAAAAUAGAACUUUUUGGUAAAAACUCAACUUGUCGUGUUUGGAGGACAAAGAAUGCUGAGUUGCAUCCAAAGAACACCAUACCUACUGUGAAGCAUGGGAGUGAAAACAUCAUACUUUGGGGCUGUUUUUCUGCAAAGGGACCAGGACGACUGAUCCGUGUAAAGGAAAAAUGAAUGGGGCCAUGUAUCGUGAGAUUUUGAGUGAAAACCUCCUUCCAUCAGCAAGGGCAUUGAAGAUGAAACGUGGCUGGGUCUUUCAGCAUGACAAUGAUCCCAAACACACCACCCGGGCAACGAAGGAGUGGCUUCGUAAGAAGCAUUUCAAGGUCCUGGAGUCUCCAGAUCUCAACCCCAUAGAAAAUCUUUGGAGGGAGUUGAAAGUCCGUGUUGCCCAGCGACAGCCCCAAAACAUCACUGCUCUAGAGGAGAUCUGCAUGGAGGAAUGGGCCAAAAUACCAGCAACAGUGUGUGAAAACCUUGUGAAGACUUACAGAAAACGUUUGACCUGUGUCAUUGCCAACAAAGGGUAUAUAACAAAGUAUUGAGAAACUUUUGAUAAUGACCAAAUACUUAUUUUCCACCAUAAUUUGCAAAUAAAUUAAUAAAAAAUCCUACAAUGUGAUUUUCUGGAAUAUUUUUUCUCAUUUUGUCUGUCAUAGUUGACGUGUACCUAUGAUGAAAAUUACAGGCCUCUCUCAUCUUUUUAAGUGGGAGAACUUGCACAAUUGGUGGCUGACUAAAUACUAUUUUUCCCCACUGUACACUACCAUUCAAAAGUUUGGGGUCACUUAGAAAUGUCCUUGUUUUCGAAAGAAAAGCAAUUUUUUGGUCCAUUAAAAUAACAUAAAAUUGAUCAGAAAUACAGUGUAGACAUUGUUAAUGUUGUAAAUGGCUAUUGUAACUGGAAACGGCUGAUUUUUAAUGGAAUAUAUACAUAGGCGUACAGAGGCCCAUUAUAAAAAAUCAGUCCUGUGAAACAAAUAACUUUCUUCUGAAACUCGUCAGUCUAUUCUUGUUCUGAGAAAUGAAAGCUAUUCCAUGCGAGAUAUUUGUUUCUGGCCAUUUUGAGCCUGUAAUCGAACCCACAAUUGCUGAUGCUCCAGAUACUCAACUAGUCUCAAGAAGGCCAGUUUUAUUGCUUCUUUAAUCAGCACAACAGUUUUCAGCUGUGCUAACAUAAUUGCAAAAGGGUUUUCUAAUGAUCAAUUAGCCUUUUAAAAUAAUAAACUUGGAUUAGCUAACACAACGUGCCAUUGUAACACAGGACUGAUGGUUGCUGAUAAUGGGCCUCUGUAGAGCCUAUGUAGAUAUUCCAUUAUAAAUCAGCCGUUUCCAGCUACAUUAGCCAUUUACAACAUUAACAAUGUCUACACUUUAUUUCUGAUCAAUUUGAUGUUAUUUUUAUGGAUACAUUUUUUUGCUUUUCUUUCGAAAACAAGGACAUUUAUAAGUGACCCCAAACUUUUGAACGGUAGUGAAUAUAUAGGUGCUUAAUUGUUACCCAUAAAUGAUUUAAUAUUGAGAGAAAAAAUGGCUGCAUUGGACCUUUUUUUAAAAGGAUUGGUUCACUAUUUUACUACCAAAUCAAAAAAUGUUAUGUAAAUGGUAUGUUAUAAAAGGGUCCAGACAUUAUUUUUUUUGCGAUUUCACUUUGUUUUGAGAAACUUACACCCCACCCGCAAUAGACUCCCUCAUUGCUCGUUCUGCAGUAUGGGGGCUACGAAAAACAUGAACAAAGGCUCCAAAAACACCCAAAUACGUCCUUUAGAAAAUACACAUGAAAUUGUAUAAUUCCAAACAUUAUUCGUAAUGUUAUAUUCCAUUUUGUGCGACUCAAUUGUUUUCCCAAACAAGCUGUGCUGCUUCUCCGUGUAGCCCGAGUAGCAUAGCUUGUCGAAGAAACAGCUCGAGUCCUUGCAAAAUCAAACUCCACUGGCGGUUCUAGUAUUAACUAAACCAACUGGUUAUGUUUACACUGUGGUCACAUAGCACCAUCAACUAAUAUGGCACAUACAGUGGGGAAAAAAAGUAUUUAGUCAGCCACCAAUUGUGCAAGUUCUCCCACUUAAAAAUAUGAGAGAGGCCUGUAAUUUCCAUCAUAGGUACACGUCAACUAUGACAGACAAAUUGAGAAAGAAAAAUCCAGAAAAUCACAUUGUAGGAUUUUUAAUGAAUUUAAUUGCAAAUUAUGGUGGAAAAUAAGUAUUUGGUCACCUACAAACAAGCAAGAUUUCUGGCUCUCACAGACCUCUAACUUCUUCUUUAAGAGGCUCCUCUGUCCUCCACUCGUUACCUGUAUUAAUGGCACCUGUUUGAACUUGUUAUCAGUAUAAAAGACACCUGUCCACAACCUCAAACAGUCACACUCCAAACUCCACUAUGGCCAAGACCAAAGAGCUGUCAAAGGACACCAGAAACAAAAUUGUAGACCUGCACCAGGCUGGGAAGACUGAAUCUGCAAUAGGUAAGCAGCUUGGUUUGAAGAAAUCAAACUGUGGGAGCAAUUAUUAGGAAAUGGAAGACAUACAAGACCACUGAUAAUCUCCCUCGAUCUGGGCUCAACGCAUAUGGUCAGAUGAAACCAAAAUAGAACUUUUUGGUAAAAACUCAACUCGUCGUGUUUGGAGGACAAAGAAUGCUGAGUUGCAUCCAAAGAACACCAUACCUACUGUGAAGCAUGGGGGUGGAAACAUCAUGCUUUGGGGCAGUUUUUCUGCAAAGGGACCAGGACGACUGAUCCGUGUAAAGGAAAGAAUGAAUGGGGCCAUGUAUUGUGAGAUUUUGAGUGAAAACCUCCUUCCAUCAGCAAGGGCAUUGAAGAUGAAACGUGGCUGGGUCUUUCAGCAUGACAAUGAUCCCAAACACACCGCCCGGGCAACGAAGGAGUGGCUUCGUAAGAAGCAUUUCAAGGUCCUGGAGUGGCCUAGCCAGUCUCAAAAUCUCAGCCCCAUAGAAAAUCUUUGGAGGGAGUUGAAAGUCCGUGUUGCCCAGCGACAGCCCCAAAACAUCACUGCUCUAGAGGAGAUCUGCAUGGAGGAAUGGGCCAAAAUACCAGCAAUAGUGUGUGAAAACCUUGUGAAGACUUACAGAAAACGUUUGACCUGUGUCAUUUCUAACAAAGGGUAUAUAACAAAGUAUUGAGAAACUUUUGUUAUUGACCAAAUACUUAUUUUCCACCAUAAUUUGCAAAUAAAGUCAUUAAAAAUCGUACAAUGUGAUUUUCUGGAUUUUUUUUCCUAAUUUUGUCUGUCACAGUUGACGUGUACCUAUGAUGAAAAUUACAGGCCUCUCUCAUCUUUUUAAGUGGGAGAACUUGCACAAUUGGUGGCUGACUAAAUACUUUUUUUCCCCACUGUAUGACACAGACAAAAAUGGUACAAUGUUUAAUUACAGUGUAAUUACACUCUACCAAAAGGUAGUCUCUUCUCACGGAGCGUGCGGAGUGCCCCGAGUCUGGUGAGACUACCCAGAAGUUUACUCCCUCAGUCCAGAUCAUAUUGAAGAUGGCUGGUAGUCAUAGUUUGAACUGAGUGACAAUGCCAGGGAAAGCUUUAGAAGCCACAUGUCUCACUGUACCCUGAAUGUUUUUGUUUCUGCAGAGGUGACCACGGACAUGACCACGGACAUGACUGGACAUGACCACGGACAUGACUGGACAUACUGAGACGAUGACACGACCAACUACUACAGACAUUGAUUUCUGUACCUUUUCUUGACAUUUGCCAUUAGCAUCAAACUUGCAAGACGUUUCUUUUCAUAAUGUGAGGUAUGAUAUCAGUUAGGACUUUCAGUAGUGUAGUCACAGUGAAUACUACUGACGGUAUAUACUCAAGCUUGUUCACCAUGUAUGUACCCUGAAUUCCUCAAUAAACAAAAGUAUAAAUGUA